GCCGUGCUAAGAUUAAUGGGGGAGAGGUGAGAGCUCGGAGGCGCGGCGCUUAGGUCGAAUGGGGAUGGAUCCACUGUCCACGAAUUCCGAUGCGCAUUUCCUCGCGCCGGCGUCCGAGGACGAUGGUGCCGCCGCGGCCGCGUACAGCAAUCGCCAGCCUUUUCUCAUCGGUGUUGCUGGCGGUACUGCCUCCGGAAAGACCACGGUUUGUAACAUGAUCAUACAGCAGCUACACGAUCAUAGGGUGGUGCUCGUGAAUCAGGAUUCGUUUUACCGGGGCCUCACUGCGGAAGAACACGGGCACGUCAGCGAAUAUAACUUUGAUCAUCCUGACGCGUUUGAUACCGAACAGCUUUUGCAAUGCGUUGGAAGUCUUCUCAAGUGCCAGCCCGUGCAAAUUCCCAUUUACGAUUUCAAGCUCCAUCGGCGGUGCAGUGACACCUUUCGCCAGGUGAAUGCAGCAGAUGUUAUAAUCCUGGAAGGAAUCCUGGUUUUCCAUGACAGUCGCGUUCGUGAUCUGAUGAACAUGAAGAUUUUUGUCGACACAGAUGCUGAUGUCAGGCUGGCGAGGAGGAUAAGAAGGGACACCUGCGAAAGAGGAAGGGGUGUAGAAAGUGUUCUCCAACAGUACGCCAAGUUUGUAAAGCCUUCAUUUGACGACUUUAUCCUGCCCACUAAGAAAUAUGCGGACGUCAUUAUACCCCGCGGAGGCGACAAUCACGUUGCCAUUGAUCUGAUUGUCCAGCAUAUCCACACUAAACUUGGGCAGCAUGACCUGACGAAGAUUUACUCUAACGUCUAUGUGAUCCAAUCUACUUACCAGAUUCGUGGAAUGCACACUUUAAUCCGUGACCAGGAAACCACUAAGCAUGACUUUGUUUUUUACGCGGACAGGCUGAUACGCUUGGUGGUCGAACAUGGUCUGGGUCAUCUCCCAUUCCAGGAAAAACAAGUGAUUACUCCAACAGGUUCUGUCUACACUGGAGUGGACUUUUGCAAGAAACUGUGUGGUGUAUCGAUCAUUCGGAGCGGGGAACGUAUGGAGAACGCUCUGCGUGCCUGUUGCAAGGGAAUAAAAAUCGGCAAGAUUCUUAUACACCGGGAGGGCGACAAUGGAAAACAAGUAAAAGCUUCAUCAGAGCAUUCACUCCUACAGGCACCGGAGGGAAUCCACGUAGUUUGCAAGAAGUAUCCGACCCUCAAGAUCGUCACCUCGGAGAUUGACGAUGGUAUCAACGACGACUAUAGAGUGGUGCCAGGCAUGGGUGAGUUUGGCGACAGAUACUUUGGAACAGAUGAAGACAUGGUUUUUUAUGAAAGGCCUGUGAAAACCGUCGAGGUUUUACUAGCGUAUCGCGGCUAGCAACAUUUUGUAGCAAGGAUCGAGACAAGAACCAGCAGCAACCAAAGAGUAAAAAGAAAUAAGACAAUCCCCGAUAGGUUUUCUUUCACGCGGUAAGAAGAAUCCAGUGGGGGUAAACGUGUGUAUAUAUAUAAUAUGGCUGCUCUUGCUGCAAGGCGCAUGAAUCCAACAAAAGGUCCAAUAUUCAUAGUUAAACUUUAACCUCUUUAGUGUUCAGAAAUAAAUUCUAUUAAAUAAAUAAAAGAGAAUUUUUGCUUUAA